AAUGUGUGUCGCCUGCUUCAGUUCUGGCUGCCGCGAGAUAUUAAACGACAAAGGGACUUAUGGUUCUUCCUAAGAAGUAUUCAUAAUAAUGUAAAUGCCCAAAUGCCUGAAAUUUCGACUGAAAAAUCUACGUCUUUACAACUAACCUCAGAUCUUAGAAGAUCUGAAAUGCUGUGGAAGAAAUACCGAAAGCCUGAUAUUUUAAGGAAAUUCCUUCAUAGCUGUUAUUUAAAAAAUGCAGGUUCUCUCAAUUACAUUACAAACUUAAUAUGCUUAGCUUGUGACCGAUAUUCAAAUGCUCCAGAUUUAGUGCACAAUAUGAUAGUAACUUAUCAACAAUUUUUAGAAGAAAAGUGCAUUGAAUUUUCACCGACAUUUGAAGAAAAGUUAGAAGUAUUGAAUUAUGUUGUUUCAUGUAAAAAUUAUCAAUUAGUUCAACUUGUAUGCUGUGUGUAUAAGAUAAACGAAGAAAGAGAUCGAUUCAAAUCGUUUAUCCAAGACCUUCUAGUGCACCGGAAAUUAAGUGAAGCAGCGUUCUGUAUCCGAGCUAUGAAUCUUCAUCAUGAAUAUCCUAUGGAAAAGGUGAUAUUGCCACUUUUGUUUGAAGGAAUCGUUCAUCCGGUGAUUAUAUAUUUAUCAGAUCAUCAAGAAAUGCAAUUAGCUGUUGUGAAACACAUUGACAGCCUUAUAGAUAUGAAAGCCACUGAUCCAAGCUCACCAGAGUUUAAAAAAUCAAGAAAGCUUUUUAAGACUCUUAAUACUUUAGUCAAUGUUUUAAAAAUUCCUCCAGAAGCAUGCAAAAAUUUACAUUACUUCAGGAGCAGAGGUGCAUUAUAUGUAUUAAUCAAAAGGAGACUCGAUCAAUCUAUAGCAGAAGAUGUAUGGGAAGAAAUGGUGAUGCAAAUUGUUCAGAAGAAUGAAGAAUUGAAGCAGUUUUUAGUGAAUAUUCUGAUGUCAAAAAAUGAUAUCAAGACUGCAAUGAAGAUGGCUGAAAAGUUGAAUAUUACUGUAGAUUGUUCAAAUCUUGAAAAUGCCAAUGUUAACAAUUCUGACCUGGAGGAUUUUCAAAAUGAAGAUAUAGUAGAGUUAUCCGAGAGCGAGAAUAACACCAAAGAAGAUAACUUGUGUGAACAUCUAGAAUUUCCGUUAAGUUUAUCUGAUAUUAAAUUGAUUUCAUACAAAGAAGACUUUAUUCAAUUUAUUGAUGAAAUAAAGAAAUACAAGAUGGUUGGCAUAGAUUCUGAAUGGAAGCCCCAAUUUGGUCUUUCUAGAGACAGGCUUUCUUUAAUUCAGCUUGCAGUUCAUGAUAAAGUUUUCAUCCUAGAUAUUUUAGCAUUAGACAAGUGCCUUGAUUUUGAAGACUGGGACCUACUUACCGAUGAUGUCUUUGGAAAUUCAAACAUUGUAAAAUUAGGUUGUGGUAUAAUGUCUGAUGUAAACAUGAUAUUGGAAAAUCAUAAGGGUACCAAAGGAAAAACCAUAGUAUUCUCUCAUAUCUUAGACAUGGCAAUUUUUUAUCAGAAACUCCAGGAAGUUUACCCUGAGGAAAUGAAUUCAGAUGCUUCUGAUAAUACAAAUCAAAAAGGUCUUAGCAAACUCUGUGAAAUUAUUUUAGGAAAACCCCUUAACAAAGAAGAACGUUUAUGUGAUUGGGAAAAGAGACCCUUAAAGGAAACUCAAUUAGCAUAUGCAGCUUUGGAUGCUUAUUGUUUGCUUCAGAUGUACGAUACACUAAGAGAGAAUGCACUGCAGAAAAAUAUGAAUUUUGAUCAUUUGUCUAAGGUAGCUAUUGUUCUAACUACAAGUUUAUGGAAAUCUAAGAAAAAAAUAAAAGGGUCAAAGCAUCAGCAUUUUGUUAAAGCUGAAACAAUUAUUCCUAUUGAGCAAUUUAAAGUUGUUACUCACUCUUCUUUUGAAAAUCUUGGGAAACAGUUAAGACAAUAUGGUGCAGAUGUUCUAGUCCUUAAAUCUAGCUCUUGGCUGCAAGAUAUGGUAAAGAUAUCAAAUUCAGAGAAGAGAAUAAUUCUGUGUAGCAGUCGGGUCCGACAUCUGAUAAGAGGAAAAUUUGAUAAAGAUUUAUGCUUUGUUAUAUCUGAUGAGGAUGAGGAGUCGACAUCUGUGUUUCAAAUAUUUCAUCAUUUCAAUGUUCAGUUGUCUAAGCAAAAUAUUUUCUCUCGAUGCAUAGUUUGUAACAGUGAGGAAAAUUUCAAAUUAACUGAUGAUGAUGUGAAAUUUUUGAAAGAAAAUGAACUUGCAGAUAAUUUUUGUUGUGAAGAUAAUAACUUGAAUUCUGAACUUUUGGACUUUGUGAAAAAUGCCUGUGAUUUGAACACUAGACAAAAUAUUUUCAAUUCUUUAUCAUCUGUAAAAGAAGCUGUUUAUUUAUGUAAAAAUUGUGGU